CACUUGUAGGGUCCAUCUUGAAUCUGUUCUUAACAUGGAGUCCUCUUUGUUAAAGUGUGUAGUAUCUUGAGUUAGAUGGCUUUGGUUACUCAAAAGUAUUCGUUCUGAACGCAUAUAGGUUAAUGUGUUUUAACUCUUUAUCUAGUCCAGUGGAACAGAUGCAACUUCAAAGUUUAGAAGACAAAAAGUUAAGGGUCAGUUUUCGAUUCAGGUUUAAAUCUGGAGCAUUUAGUGUUUGUAAAUGAUUUUUUUUUUUUCAAAAUGGGGAGGGGCGUCAGUUUUUAAGGAAUUCAUGAGAAUGUUGAGUUCAACAUUCUCUGUGAUUAUCUCAGGGAUGUAAUGUAAAAACAACUCACAUCGUGGUAGGAGCGUCAUUGAUUUGAAAGUCUGUUUCUUAAUGCAAAUUUUACUAACAAUAAUUAAAUUGCUUUCCCCCUAGCAAAACAGGUCUGAUUUGAGUGUGCUCUAAAGUUAUAUGGUCAGAAUGAAUAGAGAGCAUUUAAGGUGGCUUGCUGAAAUCCCCUAGCAUUUUUAAAGUUCAGAUCUGUUAAUUAUCCUUCAACAAAACAGUAUUUUUCUUUAGAAAUUCAUGAGGGACAGUUCAUAUUAACACUUUGGGGGUAUUGGCAUUCUAUGGGGUAGGUAAGCACAGUAGACCUUUGCUGGAUUUUUCUUCCAAAUUGUUAACAAUUCAAACAUUAUGUGUCUGAUGUUUGAAAGGAUAAAAGGGUAGCAACUACAGUGACUGGCUGUGUGAACUCAUAGGGAGUAAAGUACUGGGGGGUUUAUCACAACACUUCACAUCUCACCAUACCUUUUCUGGAAGUAGUAUACUGUGGUUCCAAAAGCUGCUGUAAUAUUCUGAAAUAUUCUGAAUGAGAAAGUUUCUAUCUAAAUAUAAUUUGAUUGAGGAAAAAAAAAUCAAAACCUUACAAUGCCUUAUUGCUACUUUUUGUAAUUUUUUUGGGCUCUCACUGAAGCACUGCCCUGUGGAGAGCACUUAAUUUGACCUGUCUUCCUACUUCUCUGGGGUUUUGUAAGUGCAGGAUUUUAAUCUUGCAUUUCUUCAGGUACUCUACUAAGGUUUUUGUCAAUAGGACAGAGAAAAGGGAUCUUAGAAAAUUUGAAAUGUUUAUUAUCUGUUGUCUGCUCUCAUGUAUCGUCUAUUAAUUCCCACAGGCUUCACAUCAUAGGCAGUUCUUGUGGGACCUUGAUACCAGCAUUGAGCAUUGUUGUUGUUGGUAUGCUUUUGUAGUGGGCGCAUAAGUGGGUCAGAAUCAGAUGCAGUACUAAUUCUGCUUUUGCAAAUUUGGGUAGGGCAAGACUAGUUUCCUUUUAUUGUAUUAAAUGUUGCUGUUGUAUUAGACAGAUUCUUUGAGUUGUGACUAUUGUAUUUUACAAGUUAUCACUGGGUAUCAAUGGUAUCCUUAUGCCCAAGUACAGAGGAGCUUAAAAACAAAUUAACAUGCCUAACUUAAAUAUGAAGUGUAAAUGACAAUGAUAAAAGCAUUUUGCGUUAGCAGUCAAAAUUUUAAAAUCUUCGUUUUCAUUUCUAGGUAUCAUCUCUUGAUCACUGUACCUGAUUGUGGCAUUGUCCACACAUUAAGUUGUGUGCCUUUGUUCCGGGGAAAAAAGGGAUUGAACUCUAGGUUUGUGCAGCAGUGGCCUUUACCUGCUAAUGAAACUCAGUUGAUACUAAGCAAUUCCUCGUUCUUCCUGGCUUCUGGACUCAGCUGAGAAUUCUGGAUUCCUUCUUUGUCAUAUAUCAGCCUGAGCCUUCUGUCAUCUAAAGAGCUCCAAUCUGAUCUUUCGCUCAGGCUUCCAUCUCUACCAAGGGAAGCAUCCAGUAGUGACUAAUGUCAGUUCAUGCUUGAUGGUGUUUAUGUUUCUGGCUCCCAUGAGUGACCUGUAAUCAAUCAGGUGAAUUGGAUUUGAGGAAAAUCCUGGUUAUUUUGAAGAUGUUGCAGCUCAGUAUUCCUUUGUGUUUAAAUCACAAAUAACUUCAGAAAGUUUUCAGAACAAAAGAAACUGAAUUUUUUUAAUUAAAUCAUGCCAUUUGAACAGACACAGCUAUUUUGUGAUGAAAAACAAACUAUUUUGAAAAAAUUUGAUACAAGAAAUGAGAUAGCAGAUACUAUUGGAUCAAUACCUCUACCAAAAAUUUCAGAAACUAGUUUUCAUUAUGAACUAAAAAACGUGAAUAUCUGUUUACCCAAGAUAAAUAUUCCAAAUGAAAUCUUAAUGAAACAUGAAGUUGAAAAGUACAGACUGUUAUUUCAGAGUAAAGCACAGACUGCAAGGAAAUCUAUCAGUGUAAAAACUGUAAGCUGUGCUGAAGAGUGCGUGCUGCUUUGUAAGUCUGAGCGAGCUGAAGAUGAGAGUGUAAAUAUGGCUGCAAAAAUACUCAACUUUAGUUGUUCAAAAUGCCAAGACAGUACUCAGUAUAGUCCAAAUGAUUUGCAGAAACACUUUGAAAUGUGGCAUCAUGGUGAGUUACCUUCGUUUCCUUGUGAAAUGUGUAGUUUUUCAGCAAGUGACUUCCAGAUAUUUAAACAACACCGAAAAACCCAUAGGAACACUUUUGUAAAAUGUGAUAUUUGUAACAGUGAACGUUCAUAUACUUUAUUGGACUUGACAAAACACUUCACAUCUAAACAUUGUGUUAAUGGUAAUUUUCAGUGUGAAGAGUGUAGAUUUUUUACCCAGGAUGUUGGCACAUUUGUUCAGCACAUUCAUAGACAUAAAGAAGUGCAUUAUAAAUGUGGAAAAUGCCAUCACCUGUGUUUUACCAAGGGAGAGCUUCAGAAGCACCUUCGUGUCCACUCUGGCACUCUUCCCUUCACUUGUCACUACUGUAGCUAUGGUGCCAUUCAUAAAGACCAGCUUAUCAGACAUGUUAUAACCUUGCAUAAAGAACACUUAUAUGCGAAAGAAAAACUGGAAAGAGACCAAUAUGAUAAAAGAGUGGCAAAGACUACAACAGGACUUAAACUAAUACUUAAAAGAUACAAAAUAGGUCCAACAAAGACGUUUUGGAAACGUAAGCCAAUUACCAAUGGGAAUGAUGAAAGUAUCGGAAAAAAUGCUCAAACGUGUAAUAUAGUGAGCAAGACACAGACUAAACCUGAAGACCAGAGUCAAGAGCAAGUAAAUGAAGAAAAGAGUGAAAGACAGCACUCUGAGAAUGGUGAUAAGCCCAUAGAAUCAGAGUCAGGAAAGGCAACUGUGCUACCCCCCAGGCAGUAUAAUAAGGCCGACGAGGGAGCGAGUGCUCCUUCAAGUGUCUUGAGUGCUGUACAAGGACCUACGGUGUUACUGGUGAGAAAUAAUAAGAUAACAAUCCCUGCUAACUACAGUGCUAAGUUUAUGGGCUUCAAGAUGGUAGAUGGGAGACAACAUAUCGUAAUAAAAUUGUUGCCUGCCAGUAAACAGAUUUUACCUUCACCAGCCUUACAGCCGAACACUGAGAAGGAUAGUACAGCUAAUUUGUCACCCCAGGCUGCGGACAACACUGGAUUUGCAACUGGAUUAACAACCAAAGUGAAUGACACAGAUUUUGUGAAAGCAGCUCCACCUUCAUGUUCAUCCCUUGUGCUUUCCAGGAAAGUAAUUUCUGAAAAGGAAGCGGCUUUCAUAUCUGAAAAGAAUAAUAUGCUUCAGAUGGUAGAUGACAGUAAAAGUUUAUCUUCAUUGCCAACAGCAUCAGAAUCAGUUACUACAUCAGUGCGUGUGACUACAAAAGUUGAAGCAAGAGAUAACGUGGACUUGUGGGAAAAUCAUAACACUCAGAGUCAUCCAGACGAAUUAGAUACCUCCAUCAACAGUCCAGAUAAAGUCAACCUUACUACUAAGCCAAAUGCAUACAGUUCUGGAGAUAUGCAUAACUAUUGCAUUAAUUAUAUUAACUCUGAGUUACCUGCUGAAUCCUCCAACUGUUUUGAGUUCUCUAACCAAGGAUCAUUACCUUUUCAUAACUACUCAAAGGUAAAUAAUAAACGCCGUAGGUUUUCAAGAGCAACACUGUGUGAAAACCUUCAGAGGGAAUCUUUGAAUAAAACAGUUACUCAACAGUCAACUAGUGAUAGCGAUACAGCUUCACCACUAAUGAGAAAGGAGAGGUCCAACUCAGAUAGCCUGUUAGCGUCCGUCAGCCCUUUAAAUGGAACUUUAAAAAUAAAAACUGAAACUGAAGAACCAUGCAAUUUAGAAGAAACACAAAACUUUAAUGAACAGAGCCUCUUCACUAAUGAAAACCAAAAUGUAUUGAAUGUGACUGAAGAACCUAAAUGGGAUGACAUUCCCAGUGCCUGCUCCCCUUUGAUGCCUCGAAUCACAUCUGUUUUCUCUCUCCAGAGUGAGCAGGCUUCAGAAUUUUUGCCACCUGAAAUAAAUCAGUUACUUCAAGAUACAUUAAGACCAAAAUCUGAUAUAAAGGAAGAUUCUCAUAACAUUCCAAGUAAAAACCUUCCACUUGAUUGUGACCAAACACCUAAAAAGUCCAAGGAGGAAGUGAUAAAGUCUUCAAAAGACUUCCGGAUGGAAGACAUAUUCCCAGGUCCUUCUGCCAGUGUAGGUGUUGAUGUGCUUACAAAUGAUCUGAAUUCAAAAUGUAAUGGACAAGAAAAACAAAUGCUGUCAGUAUUACAAGAUAUGAGAGAUUCAGAGGUGACCGCUAAAAUUCCAAAUAUCAUCACAUUACUUAAGACUCAAUCAGAUGCAAUAAUAACACAACAGCUUGUUAAAGACAAACUCCGAACCACAACACAGCAUUCAGGUUCUGUAUAUGUUCAGAAUCCAUUUCUAACCUCAGAACAGAAGAACCCUGUAUUUGUUCAAACUCCAAAAGGUUUUAUUAUACCACUCCAUGUUGCUAACAAGCCUGGAUUGCAUGUUUUCUCCGGAAGACCAGUUCCUUUGGUUAAUGCACAGAGUGUGCCUGCUACUCUCCUUGUAAACAAGAAACCUGGAAUGGUUUUGACAGUUAGUAAUGGGAAACCUGACGGUGUUCCCACCGUGAAGACUGAGAAUGUUCAUAGUUAUGGAACUGUAACUAAGGAGCCUUGCAAAACACCUUUUCUGAAGGCAGAACACCGCAAUAACUGUCUUACACCUGGACUUUGUUCCAGUCUUGGCAGUUGUAUGAACAUGAAAACUUGCUCAGAGAAUACAUUGCCGUUGAAAGGUUCUUACAUUAUUAAAACAUCAGUAAGUUCUUCAGUGAAAGCUGUUCCUUUUGCUAACGUACCUGAGCAGCAGGGCCCUAAGGUGAAUAUCUUGGAUACGGUGAAGCAACAGAAUGAAAAUUUACCAAAAGCAUCUCUCUAUACCCUCAUGCCUGAUGGUAAACAAGCUGUAUUUUUUAAGUGUAUGAUGCCAAAUAACACUAAACUGCUUAAGCCUAAGUUAGUCCAAAAUAGUACCUACCAACGUAUUCAGCCAAAGAGACCUGCAGGAGCACCACAGAAAAUACUCGUAAAGAUUUUUAAUCCUGUUUUAAGUAUGAAUGCUGUCAAUAAUCUUUCAGUUAGCAACUCUGCAUCCUCAUUCCAGAAAGAGAUUGUACCAUCUAAACCAACUGUACAUGGAGAGCAGAAAGAGCCAGAAUCUUCUAGAGAUGCCUUACCAGUCUUAGUGCAUGAUUUGAUGCCAGCAAAUGAAACUGUUCUUUCUUCUACUGCAGCAUGCCCAGGAUCUUCUGAGGAACCAGUAUAUAUCAGUGAGUGUUCAGAAACAAGAGUGUUAAGAGGUAAAGCAAAUUGUACAAUUGAGAGACUAACACUCAAAAAGACAAGCAAAAAUAAUUACCAGAUUGUAAAAACUACCUCCGAAGAUGUCUUGAAAUCUAAGUUUAACUGUUGGUUCUGUGGUAGAGUUUUUGACAAUCAGGAUGUGUGGGCUGGCCAUGGACAGAGACAUUUAGUGGAAGCUACUCGGGAUUGGAAUAUGUUAGAAUAACUUACUUUGAUUACCAAGGAAAAGAUAGCUUAGAAGGAAAAAGUGGGUUGGUAUAAUUCAGGCAUUUUCUACAUUGGUAUAGUUUUGAACAUAUCUAAGAGUUGGUUAUAUUUCUGUGGGAGAACAAAAGCUUUAUAUGUGGUACUUGGAAAUACCACAGUUACCAUAUGUGUUGAAAGAAAGUAAUUAGCACAGACCUUGAUUUAGUUGUAUAAAGAUGCAUCUGUUGGGCAGUAGGGGUAAGGAAAUUUUGACAAAAAGUUUUCCCAAUUGAAUUUAAAGGCUGAGUAGAAGAUAAUGGUGGACAACCCCCAUUCCCUUUCUUCGCCCACCAGCCUUACAGAGCUGACAAGAAUUUCUCUAGAGGUGGAGAACCUUCUCACAAAUGUAAAGAUGGACUGAGUUUAGAUAAAGUUACUUACUAUCAUAGUUCAUUUGGAAGGUAUUAAAUUUCUUUGAAGCUACAUCUUGCGGGACUGUAGUUAAACUUGAAAUAAUGCUUGAAAAGUUUGGAGCAAGUAAAUCCUGUUGCUGUUUGUUGCUCUGCCCUGUAUCAGAUUGGAAUGCCCUCUCAAGAGGAUUCUCUUUUCCUGUGGCCGUCUCGAUCACUGCAGUAAAUGGGGCAAUCUCCAGAGGAGAAACAAACUUUCUAAAAUCCACUUGAACUUCAUCAUUUUCCUGAGUUUGGUCUUAUUUUCCGGUGAUCCCCUUGCACAAAAUUAUGCUUAUCUGAUUGGAAGUGUCCAUAACCAAAUGACUUUUUUACCUCCCUUGGUUGGCAUCCCCUCAAAAUGAACAGAAAGAAGUACUUCAACGGGAAUGGCUUUUCUUGAAAAUUAAAACUAUUUUUGCAAAGAUACUAUUUUGAAGCAAAGUUAACAAAGCAGAUUAUAUUUUUGCUUGUGUUUAAUUACGUGUUCUUACCUCCUAAUAAACAUGUCCACAUUAGGGUAGACCAUUUUCAGGAUGACCAACAACCCACAGUAGUGUUAAUAGUUGGUGUUUGAAAAUAGAGAAGCAAGCAUUAACGAUGGACUCAGUAGUAGUUCAUACAACUUGAAAAAUUCGUAAGAGACAUGCCCAACAAUUUCAAAAUGGAUAUUUUCAUAACAAUCCAUUUACCAUAUACAUUUGCAUCAACUUUUUGUCUUAUUGGAUAAUGAAGUUAUAUUAGAAGAUGAUGAUCUAUGUAAUUUUUUUGUUUUGUUGUUACUAUACAUGUUAAUGAUAUUUUCAUUGAUUGGAUCAAAAUUUCAGGGCUUUUUUGUAUAUAACAAAAAUGUGUACAUAUUUUUGUAUUUGAUUAUGUAAAUUUGCACAAGAAGUUUAUGACACAAAAAGUAUUUUCUUUUUAGUUUUCUGCAUGCAUUAAUAAAAGUGGGUGAUUUAAAAAAAA